AUGGAUCAUUCGAGUUCUGCCUCUGCCAGUGCAAGUAAUAGUGCCACUGCUGCUACCGGUGCUUCUGAUGUCAAUGAAUUACUAGAUAAACCCUUAUGGAAAUAUGUUACCAAAAUAGAUGCUAUAGUGGAAGGAGGAGGAAAUUUAUCUUGGAUGUACAACUUUUGUAAAAAAGAUUUUAAAAGUUCAUAUACUAGAGUGAGGGCUCAUUUGUUGAAACUAUCAGGCAAAGAAAUUGGGAAAUGCUUAAUGGUGCAAAAUAGAGAUCUGAUAGAGAUGGAGAAAUUAGAAAAAGAAACUGACCAGAGAAAGCAAUCCAAUGCACCCAGAAAUGUACCUUUACCUCCUUCUAGCUCUUCCACGUGCCCAAAAACAAGAAAAACUACAGGUUCUCUUGAGAUGACAUUUAAUGUUGGGGAGCGAGAAGAAUUAAAUUACCUGAUUGCUAGAAUGUUUUAUUCAGCAGGAUCGCCAUUUAAUUUGGCAAAGAACCUUACUUCCAAGCUUCGUAUACUUAUGCAGCAAAUCAUAAUAUUGGAGGUUAUUUGCCACCGGGAUAUAACUCACUGCGAACCACUUUGUUGCAAAAGGAGAAAGAAAAUAUUGAUAAGUUGUGUGAACCUAUUCGAGAGGCUUGGACUCAUAAAGGGGGAGACUAAUGAUAAAAAUCUCAUUUUCAGGUUGCUAAAGGAAGUUAUUCAAGAAGUAGGAGAGACGAAUGUGGUUCAAGUAAUCACAGAUAAUGCUGCAAAUUGUAAGGGAGCAGGGCAAUUGAUUGAGCAGGAAUUCUCAUCUAUUACCUGGACACCGUGUGUCGUUCACACAUUGAAUUUGACUGUGAAAAAUAUUUGUGCUGCAAAGAAUGUGGAGAGCAAUCAAAUAACGUAUGAGGAAUGCAGCUGGAUUUCUAAUAUUGUAGGUGAUGUUGUUGCAAUAAAGCAUUUCAUUAUGAAUCAUUCUAUGAGAUUGGCCAUCUUUAAUGAGUUUGUGAGUUUGAAGUUGCUUUCUAUUGCUGAUACUCGUUUUGCUUCAAUGAUUGUGAUGCUGAAGAGGUUCAAUUUAAUAAAGAGUGGUCUCCAAAAUAUGGUGAUAAGUGAAAAAUGGAAUAUUUAUAGAGAUGAUAAUCUUGGGAGAGCCAGACAUGUGAAGGAAAAAUUAUUGGAUGAUUGUUUUUGGGAUUCAGUUGAUUACAUACUUGCCUUCACUGCUCCUAUUUAUGAUAUGAUCAGAGCUUGUGACACUGAUAGAGCUUGUCUUCACUUGAUAUAUGAUAUGUGGGAUACAAUGAUUGUGAAAGUGGAGAAAGCUAAUACCAUAAAGAGGGGAGGAGGAUGGAAAAGAGCUCCUCUUUUUAUGAUGUGGUGCAUUGCAUUCUUAUACUAUAGUCAACAAUGGCUUCAGGAAGAUUCUAGUCGAGUUCCUCCACACAUGGAUUUAGAGCUUACUCAAGAGCGACAAAAAUGUUUAAGGAGAUUCUUUCCUAGCAUGGAGGACCGAAGCCGGAUUAGUUUGGAGUAUGCGGAUUUUAUUAGCAAUAGUGGAACCUUUGGCGAUUUUGAUGCCAUCAAUAGUACUCAAUACACUAUGGAUCCAAAAUCUUGGAAUAAAAUCACUCCAAAACAUGCUGAAGACUUGGUUUAUGUGCAUAGCAAUCUUCGACUCUUAUCAAGAAAGACUCCUAGUUAUGCACAAGGAGCAAAUCAAAUGUGGGAUAUUGCUGGAGAUACAUUCGAUUCACUUGAUGAUAUUGGAGAUCUUCAAUUUGCUAGCCUUUCACUUGAUGAGCCAGAGAUAGAGGCCAUGAUUAUUCAAGAUGGAGAUGAAAAUAAUUGA